UUGUUAUUCUACACCAAAAACCAAAUAAACCGAACGCGAGUUAAUUCGAGUUAUUAAAAAAAAUUCUAUUUGUGUGGUAAUUGCUAUUUUGGAUUGGUUUUAAUUGCUUAAAAAUGAAUGGUUAUAUACCUGAGACUUCGUCAAAUGUUACUGCUAAAGAACAAGAAGUAACUUCACCAAAUCACGCGUUGAAUAUUUCUGAUUUUGUUUUCUCAAACGGAUUCCUGCAGGGUACUUUUUCAGACACAAAUUUGCAAAUCCAGGACAAUGUAUAUCGUCUCCAUGCCUUGUUUUUAGCGCGUUCACCUGUUUUAUAUCAAAAAAUAACAGAAGUGUCUUCCAACGGGAUGCCCUACAAUGUCAAAUUAGAAAUUGAAGAUCCUUACGUUACAAAAAAAUCAACCAUUUUCGUUCUUUCUUCUCUUUAUCGUGAUGCCGUUACUAUACCAGCUGAAUUGAACCCCUGUUGUAUCCUUGCUACUAGUGCGCUAUUGGGACUCGAUGGAUUGGCAUUUGAGGCUGCAUCAAGCAUAGAAAAUUUAAUUAAUCCAUUCACAAUGGAAAAUAUUCUUACUUUUUUGGACCCAAGACUAGAAGGCUUUGAAAGGCUUAAAAUCGGACCAUAUCCUAGAUACACCGCCGGCCUCUUUGACAAAGCUUUAGAAGUUAUGUACACCACUCUUCUUAAUCAUUGGGAUAAGGAGUACGUGAAUGUGCUUCGCAAUCUUCCUUUCCCUGUCAUUAAAAACCUUUUGGAAAGCGACAAACUUACUGUUGGUGCAAGCAGUAUGGCGCGUUACAAACUCGCUACAGAGAUUGUACGAAUGCGAAAUUCCUACAGAAAACAAUUUCGCAUAGAAGGACGUGGUGAUGAGAGUGUUGUAUUAGCGUUCGGAGAAGGCAAUCGAUCUAUUCAGCUAGUCAGUACCGCUUCAGGUCCUGAGUCAAGACGGAAAACACUUUGGAAGGCAGCCUCAAGUCAAUAAGUUUAAGUAAUAGUUUCUACGAAAGCAAAAUAUGCUCAUAUAUGAACUCUAUACGAUUUCUGGAUACCCGUUUAUCUGUGUAUGUUCUUAAUUAAUCUUGACUGUAAUAUAUUUUUGUCACACACAUUACACCAAAGAAAAGCAAAAUUGAGAAGUGUAAAUUAUAAAAUAAGCUUGUUUAUGUACUGACUUUUCAGGCGUUGU